UAUUACACUCCAGUUUAUCUUUCAACGUAAAUACACAUAUAUAGUUGAGCUAGCUCCAAUCGCCACUGUUCAACUUCUUCUUCGUAGAUAUUCCUAGCUCUGCUGCAAACGAGUUAAGAUGGGUUCCCUCAUGGCUGGAUGGGCUUCACCUGUUCUGGACGAGCAGAAAGUUCGAGCUCGGAGGAACAGAUCGCUUACGAGAGAAGAUAUCGAGACAUUCCGGAAGUCGCAGGGAAAAAACGAUACAGAAGAGGAUGAGCAAGAAGGCCAGCUCUCGCCAGCUGUGGCUUCUCCGAAAAAGCCCCAGGUGAAAGAUGCCUUGGUGCUGAAGAAGUCGGUUCAUUUGGUGCAGAUCAACGAUCAGCUGGAGGAAGUCGAGGGCGGGAAACCAGACAUAACCGGCGACUGGUGGACCCGAAGCAACUGGGCUUUUCUCAAUGAGCCGCCGCGUGAUGAGAUGAAUGACUCCGCACAGAAGUAUACGGCACAAUUCCAUGUCGCGCAGCUUGCAACAGGGACUGCCUAGGGUUCACCGCUAGAGCUCCGUUGAACCAACCUUAGCAUGUUCAAAUUAGUCUGUCUUUGUAAAUAUAUAUAACCUUUUCUGUCCAUGCAUGCGAGUGUAGUGUUUACAUAAGUGUCAAUCAUGUGUAAUGAGAGACUUGAGAUGUAGUAUCUUCAUGUAAAUAUAUCAAUGCGGAUUUGAUCGCGUAGGUGCAUCAUCUUCUGUUUUUC